GAAAUAUGUUUAGAUGUCAAUUGUUGUGCUUUAGGAUUUCGUCUGCUACGAUUAAACGGAUACCCUAUUUCUUCUGAUGCACUAGCACAAUUUUCUGAAGAAGAACAUUUCUUCAGCUCAGUGAGUCCACAAUUCAAAAGCACAAACACAAUUUUAGAAUUAUUCAAGGCCUCAAAAUUAACAAUAUACAAAAAUGAACCUAUUCUUGAGAAGUUAGAAGCUUGGACGGGUUCUUUUUUGAAAGAACAACAAUUGUCUGGUGCCAUUAAAGAUUGUAAACUACAUGAAGAGGUCGUUCAUGCUUUAAAAUAUCGUUACGACAGUUUGGAAUUUCUUGAAAUGAGGUGGGCUAUAGAGCAACAAAAAACAAACAGUGUUCAACAUCUAAAAACAUCUUCUGGUAUUAAUGAAAAUAAUAAUGAAUUAUUGGCAUUAGCAAUCCAAAGAUAUAACUUCUGCCAAUCGUUAUAUCAGAAAGAAUAUAAAGAUCUUGAGAGAUGGAUUAAAGUUUGCAGAUUUGAUGAAUUAAAAUUUGCAAGGGUUAUGCUACUUUAUUGUUACUACCCCAACACUGCGGUCAUUGUUCCUCCUGAGUUAGCAGAUGCUCGAAUCUCUAUUGCCAAAAAUUGUAUUGUAGCUACUGUUAUUGAUGAUUUAUUUGAUGUUGGUGGUUCCAUGGAAGAAUUGGAAAAUCUUGUUCAAUUAGUCGAACGAUGGGGUGAAGCUUCAACAAUCGGCUACUGCUCUGAGAAAGUUGAGAUUAUAUUUUCAGCAUUUGAAGACAUGAUCAAGGAGUUAGACGUCAUUGCUUUCAAACAUCAUGGAAGAAGUGUUGAGCAUCAUUUGGUCAAGAUAUGGCAUGAAUUGCUCAAGUCUAUGAUGAAAGAAGCUGAAUGGACAAGAGAGAAUGCCACCCCAUCGCUAAAUGAAUAUCUGGAAAAUGCAUACAUUUCUUUUGCAUUAGGUCCAAUAUGUCACAUAACAACCUAUUUUCUUGGGAUAACAUUACCUGAGGAAGUAAUGACAGGGUCGCAAAUAUAUGACCUAUUUAAGUAUGUUAGCCUGGUUGGACGACUUCUCAAUGAUCUCAAAUCUUUCAAGAGAGAACGCGAACAAGGAAAAUUCAACAGUGUAUCACUACGUGUACUUCAUAGUCAAGGAAGCAUGACUGAAGAAGAAGCUCUUAAAGAAACAAAAAGAGACAUCGAGAUGUAUAGGAAAGAAUUGUUGCGACUUGCGGUGCAUAAGGAAGAGAAUUCGCUUCCAAAGAUUUUUAGGGAUUUCUUCUGGAAGUUCGGCAAUGUAAUGCACUAUUUUUAUAUGGACAAUGAUGGCUACUCAAAUCCCAAAGAUGAAAUGGAAAAUGAUGCAAACUCGAUAUUAUGGGAACCGAUUUCUACUCCUUAACGGGUGGUUCAAAGCAAUUGUCUUUCAAUUUUCAAGAUCAAUAAUACUUAAGUUUUAUGUUCAAAUAUGUUUCACUUCUUGCACCACUUAUUGAAAAUGAUACUUUUAA